UCCAAGCGGCUUUUGAAACAUCGCAUAGGCGAGCACUUGCGUGAAGGGAAAUGAAUAUGGGGCGCCGUGCGUUUCAGUUGCUGUUGCUGAGCGUAGCAGCUUCGCUGACAACAUGCAGAGAAGCUUCAGCGCAAGAAGGAGAGGUCACUUACCUGAUGUUCAGCCAACAGUGGAGCGCAGGAUCCUGUCAAGGAGAAUUCUACAAUGAUCGGUGCAUCAGGCAACACGAAAGGAACUUCUGGACCAUACACGGAAUGUGGCCCUCGAAUAACCACGGUUCUCCAGAGUUCUGCAACCAUACUUUGCCGUACAACGAGACCGCUCUCCAGCCGAUCUACAGCGAGCUUGAACGGUACUGGCCGUCGUACACUUCGAAGGAUUCGAAUUGGUUCUGGAAACACGAGUGGCUAAAACACGGCACCUGCGCCACAGGCAUUCCCGCACUCUCCGGUAUCUCUCAGUAUUUCAACACCACGCUCAACUUUUACUUCCGACACAAUAUUACCAGGUAUCUCGAAGACAGUGACAUCUAUCCCACAGUCGAUCGGACAUACGCGGUUGAAGACAUUGAGCAAGCAUUAACAGACGAUCUCAGAGGUGCCGUGAACUUCGUUUGCAACGAAGGCAGGGAAUACUCAGAGCCACUCCUGGCGGAAAUCAGACUUUGCCUAGACACAGAGCUUCAGCCGACGGACUGCCAGGAAGAACAUUCCCGCUGUGGACGGCACGUAUACUAUCUCCCGUUCGACGUCGACCACAAAGAAGACAUAUGGGACGUUCAUCUGUACUUCGAGCACAAGCAUUAUGUUCUUGAAUGACCUCUCACCUAUUUAUUAAAGGCACAGAAUAGAAUGAGACAA